AUGCCGAGCUACAACCUGUUACUCGAACUGCGCGAUACGCUACGGGAGCUCAGCAGAGAGCGACACCAGAAAACGAGUCCCUUCAACAGCGAGUUUUUUAACAGCCUGGCAACUUCGGGACCGAAAGGGCACGCCGAGGCUCUCUCCCUGCCGCGCCGCCCCGGGGGCACCCCCAGCCGAGGCGGCGGCGACUCGGACAGCGCCUCGGUGGCCUCGUCGUCUGCCGAGGAGGAGGGGAGCACGACUGGCGCCGUAGCCCUGGACCCCCUGGAGCACGCCUGGAUGCUGUCGGCCUCGGACGGGCGGUGGGAGAGUCUGGAGGGGCUGCUGAGCUGCGAGCCGGCGCUGCUCUGCAAGCGGGACUUCAUCACCGGCUUCACGGUGCUGCACUGGGCCGCCAAGCACGGGCGGCAGGAGCUGCUGGCCACGCUGGUCAACUUCGCCCAGCAGCACCAGCUGCCCGUGGACAUCAACGCCCGCACCAGCGGCGGGCACACGGCGCUGCACAUCGCCGCCAUGCACGGCCACGCCGAGGUGGUGAAGCUGCUGGUGGGAGCCUACGACGCCGACGUGGACAUCCGCGACUACAGCGGGCGCAAGGCCGCGCAGUACCUGCACCAGGGCACCUCGGGGGACAUGCGGAACCUGGUGGGGGCCCUGGAGGAGGAGGAAGAGGAGGAAGGGGCUGCCGGUAACGGGAGCGGGCGCUGGAGGCUCUCCAAGGUGUUGCCCUCCAAUCUCAUGAGCUACCGGCUCUCCCACCACCACCAUCACCAUCACAGCACCGGGGAGGAAGCAGAGGGCACCGACGGGGCGGCGGUGCCAGGCAAGGGCAAGGAGAUGACCAGGAAAGCCUCGGGCAGCGGGCGGAUGAAGCCUCGGCUUAAUAAGAUCCGCUUCAGGACUCAGAUCAUCCACAACACGCCCUCCUUUCGUGGUGACACUGAGGAGGAAGAGCACGAGGAGAAAUCCCUGAAAGCAUCGUUCAAGCUCAGGCCAAAGUCCAAUGUCUUUGGAUAAGGCUGGAGAGCAAGGAGGUCUGGGAGGUGGGCACAUGGACCAGAGUGCCCAAGGGUGUAGCGCAGAAGGUGAGGCAGGUACGAGUGGGUGCUCAUUUACACUUGUGGACUCUGGGCAGAUGAGUCCUGAGUAUCUUGCUUUAACUCUCAGUUUGGUCAGGUCAGCAGGGCUCUGGUGGCUUACAGCUCCCAAGAGCGACUGCUUCGGCUGGGCCCUCAGUGCUGAAGUGAGAGGCAGCGGGUACCCUGAGAAACGCUGGGGUGUCUAAAAGCUGCACUCUUUCUCUUAAAAAGCAGGCUUUGGGAUCAGAAUCCCUUGUUAGUGAAUCUACUAGGUUUCGCUAGUUGGGUGGGGAAAGGAAGAGUGCAAAAUGCUCUGCUCUUACGUUAUCAACUGGUACUAUAAACUGCUUACAAACAACUUGCUAUGUAAGAAGAACACCUCAGUAAUAUGCAAAUAUACUUUAGGUUUCUCUUUAACAGCAAUACCACCUGCACAGUGUGGAGUUGGGUACCCAAAAUGAGACAGUAGAUAACGUUUUCCUGUGAGAAUCCAAGCUUCAAUCCAGCAAAGACUCGAGCCUGUGUUGACUUUAUUCACUGAAAAUUGCCUGAUGUGACAUCGUGAAUAUAUAUACAAAAAAAACCCCACUCCAUUGCACUGCAAACAGCGAAUAAAGUUAACAACAUGCAGAAGUCUCUGCUGUCUGAUGUACUACUGAGCUUGCUUAUUGCUGUUGGAAUACUGAUACAAGGUAAUGGAAGCAAAGAGUCUUUUUAUAUAUUUGGUAUCUUAUGUUUUGUCUUAGGCAAAGCAAUUUUAUUUUAAUCACUGUGAAUUCUCAAGUGCCAGACCUAGGCGCAGUUCCAGUUGUUAAGUCUGGUCAGUUCUUGUCAAUGUUGUUUGUGUAACUCGCUCUGUUUAAAAUCAGAAAAUUUUGUUGUAUGUGUUACCUGUGAAAGUCGUUCUCUUUUAGAAAACAGCACAGGCACCAUUGCAUGAAAUCUUCAUGAGACUCUAAUAUGGUCCUGUAAUUGUAAUAGCUACAGGUCUGUGUUUGCUAGUAACUUGUGUGCCAAUCCCUUCAGCUGGCUUUGUGCAGAUAUAGGGGAGGGGGGAAAAAAGGGGUGUGUGUGAAUUCACACACAGGGUAGAUAACCAGAACUAUGUAACUAUCCCCGAUUGUCAUCUGAGUGAGAGCAGUAUAGUGACAUAUUCUAGUUAAGUGAUGGCAGUGGUGUUUGAGUUCUUUUAAACUAUAUUUCUAGAGAAGUGAUAACUAAGGCUUUGAACUGUUGUUUAACAGCCUGCUAAGUCUUAAUCUGAUUGACGAGCCUAUCCGUCUGCUAAAGCUUUCAAAAACCUUGAAUCUUGUUUCUCUGCUUUAAAGGUAGCAAUUCCAGUGAAAUCUAGGAGGCAGAUUUGUAUCCAGACUCAGCUUUCCUUAAGAAUGAGGUCUUGAGCUGACCCUGGAUCCUGAAUGCUGCUCAAGGUAGCAGCUCAUCUGUUCUUGGAAGUUAAAGUACAAUUUCAGUGCAACAUUUGUCAAAGCAUGUUUCAAGUUGGCUUCCUCAGAAUGUGUGUGCAUGUCUGGCCGGUAACUAACCAAAAGUAGAUAGGCUUUGACAUGCUAAAAUCCAAAUCUGAGACACUGAUUAAAUGCCUGCCACAAGCUCUAGAACACCUCACAGGGGAACUGCUGCUGGGAGUUGUGCACUUUCAAGGUGACAGCUCUCUGUAGCUGUUGGUGGUGGCUUACAUUUCUUGUAGCAACAGAGGAAGGGAGUGCUGGUGAUUCGCAGGUUUCAGAGUUCCUUUGUGGAUAAAUUACCAAUUUCUGCACUUUGUGUCAAAACCUAAUACAUGACAGUAUUUACAAAGGUGUGCAAGCAACACUGAUCUAUUUCUGGGAGUAGUUACACGGAAAAAAAAAAAAAGAAGUAGUCUCUGCAGAGGUGCUGGUCAUUACUUUUGUGCAAAAAGACUAGAAAUUAUACAGAGGUUCAGCUUUAGUUUAUAAUUUAUAAGAUAUAUUAUUAUAGACUUCAUGUGCCUUCAUUUUGGGUUGGUUGCCACAAAUGUGAUGGAUAAAAUCGGUCUUCCAAAGCACUUUGUCUUUACGUCUGUGGGACAGGACCAGAAAUUUCCCCUCAGCCCUUCCCAUUUAAGCUGUAAACUUGUGUACAAAAAUGUGAUGUCUUCUGAAAGGGAGGGGGGAAUAAUCAUAGGAAUUAUACUGUAGAGCUAAUUCUUUUGUAACAGAGAAAUGCCUGAGUCCUAAACUUCCUUCACUCUGGAAGAUAAAUAGCUUUUUAGACUUCUGUAGAAAGGAAGUUUUCUGACUGAACACUUGCAACAUGAGCCCUCUUCACCAUGGCCACUUCUGAAUUGAGCACAUAUUCCAUUCAACUGCCUGUGUCCCAAUCUUAUUAAAGUAACUUUCUGAUUUGAGAAUUUAUAGUUCUUUCAUAUGAACCAUUGGGUGAAGUGUUUAUCUCUUCACAGGCAACUAGCAAAGAAUUGCACAAAAAUACUGACUCUUGGAUAGCUGUUGGGGUUUAGGGAAAUAAUUUUGGGGUUUCAGUGCUUUGGGAUUUGAAAUACAGCACACUUGGGAUUUUAAAAGACUAAGUGGAACAUAAUUUUAUCUUGCAUAAUACAGUAGAACUUUGGCAAUUAUUAAGGGAACUUGAAAAAUGGUAAAAAGAUGCCUCAUUUAUAAUUCAUUAUUUGAAGUAUCAAAGUGAAACUGUUGGUCCACUCCUACUGUUUAGCUGUCAGUUAAUGAAAUUUCACCGUAAUGAUCCAAAGGUCUUUGCAAGUUGGGGUGCAACAGAGGAAACUUCUCUGUUGGUGUUGAACAUGUACUGAUGAAUGGCUAGAUAACCACUAGUGUCUGUCUGCGCUAUGGGACUAAAGCACUUUGAUUUCACGUUAUGACUUGUCACAUUCCACAUGGUUACUUUUUAUAACAUGAGCUAAAACUUAAGGGGUUUUUGGAGAUGGGAAAGGCUUGAUGCCCUGUUUCAGAAUAUUUACAGUUUAAAGGUACUCUUGAGUCAAAUAUUUUGGAUAUAUUGCCUAGAAAGAUGUGAAUUUGAAAUAAAGUUGUAUGGUACAGAAAACUGGAGCACUUACUGGUGUCUUUUUAAUGGUAUACUUGAAGUUACUGAAUGUGUUCACUUUUUAUGAGGGUGUGUAAGGCAGCAAGACUAAUGUAAACAUUUGAUAUCUUUUAUUUCAUCCUGUGUUUGAAAUGUUUUAGAGGCCUGGAAGCCUGUCAGUUUUUAUUAAUACAACUUGUUAUGGGUAUCUUUUUGAAUGGUUGAGUUAAGAAUCUGUAAGCUUUAGUUUUAUUGAAUUAAAAAGAGCCCAUUAAUUGUU